UCUCUCUCUCUCUAGACUCUCUCUCUACUUUCUGUUACUUCAAUUCUAAUCUUCUUCCUAAAUUGAAUUCGUUGUUUGAGGUUUGGUAGCUGAAGUUUAAUCGCGAAGCUCCUCAAUUCAGAUCUGCUUGUUGUUUGUUCAAUUAUUUUUGAAUAUAUAUACAAGGGGAAGAAGAAUGGCGACGAUGGAGAGUUUGAUUGGGCUGGUGAACAGAAUACAGAGAGCUUGCACCGCCCUCGGCGACCAUGGCGGCGGCGACCAAGCCUUUGCAUCUCUUUGGGACGCGCUCCCCUCCGUAGCUGUUGUCGGUGGCCAGAGUUCGGGAAAGUCGUCGGUUCUGGAGAGUAUAGUAGGGCGUGAUUUUCUUCCUCGAGGCUCUGGAAUUGUUACGAGGCGGCCGUUGGUGUUGCAAUUGCAGAAGAUAGAAGAUGGGCAGCAGGAAUAUGCAGAGUUUGGCCAUAUGCCUCGCAGACGAUUUACUGAUUUCGCUUUGGUUCGCAAGGAAAUUCAAGAUGAAACUGAUAGAAUCACGGGAAAGACAAAACAAAUUUCUCCGAUUCCAAUCCACCUAAGUAUCUAUUCACCCAAUGUUGUCAACUUAACUCUGAUUGAUCUUCCUGGUUUGACAAAAGUUGCUGUCGAGGGGCAACCAGAUAGUAUAGUCGAAGACAUCGAAAAUAUGGUUAACUCAUACGUUGCUAAGCCAAACUGUAUUAUACUGGCAAUAUCACCAGCAAACCAAGAUAUUGCUACAUCAGAUGCUAUUAAACUUGCAAGGGAAGUGGAUCCAUCAGGUGAACGCACAUUUGGGGUGCUGACAAAACUUGAUCUGAUGGACAAAGGAACUAAUGCACUGGAUGUUCUUGAAGGAAGAUCGUAUCGUUUACAACAUCCGUGGGUGGGUAUUGUAAACCGUUCACAAGCAGAUAUCAACAAGAGUGUUGAUAUGAUAUCUGCUAGGCGAAAGGAGCGGGAGUAUUUUGCUUCAAGUGCAGACUAUGGGCACUUGUCCAGUAAAAUGGGUUCUGAAUAUCUUGCAAAGCUGCUCUCUAGGCACUUGGAAUCUGUAAUCAGGGCAAGAAUACCAAGUAUCACUUCAUUGAUUAACAAAAGCAUUGAUGAACUUGAAUCUGAGCUGGACCACCUUGGAAGGCCUAUCGCUGUUGAUGCUGGGGCUCAAUUGUACACAAUCUUGGAACUUUGCCGUGCUUUUGACAAGAUAUUCAAGGAGCAUCUGGAUGGAGGCCGACCUGGAGGUGAUCGUAUAUAUGGAGUUUUCGACAAUCAGCUGCCCGCUGCUUUAAGAAAACUUCCAUUUGACCGCCAUCUGUCAAUGCAGAAUGUGAAAAAGAUUGUUUCAGAAGCUGAUGGUUAUCAACCACAUUUGAUAGCUCCUGAGCAGGGUUAUCGCCGCCUUAUCGAGGGCUCGUUAAAUUAUUUCAGGGGGCCCGCCGAAGCUUCUGUUGAUGCUGUUCACUUUGUCUUAAAGGAACUCGUCAGAAAGUCAAUUGGCGAGUGUCAGGAAUUGAAACGGUUUCCAACUCUGCAAACAACUAUAGCUGGAGCAGCAAACGAAUCUUUAGAAAAGUUCCGCGAGGAGAGCAAGAAAACGGUUAUCAGAUUGGUUGAUAUGGAAUCAUCUUAUCUAACCGUCGAUUUCUUCCGAAAACUUCCGCAAGAAGUCGAGAAAGCAGUAGGAAACCCUGGGGGUAAUAACCCACGGGAUAAAAACUCACGGGAAAAUUCAGCAGCACCUGCCGCCAAUAAUAUUGACCGUUAUGCAGAGGGACACUUCAGAAGAAUAGGUUCGAAUGUUUCGUCUUAUGUCCAUAUGGUAUCGGAAACUCUCAAGAACUCAGUUCCCAAAGCAGUUGUGUACUGUCAAGUUAAGGAAGCCAAACAGAAUUUACUUAAUUACUUUUAUACCCAAAUUGGGAAGAGAGAGGGUAAACAGCUUUCGGAGUUAUUGGAUGAAGAUCCUGCAUUGAUGGAGAGGAGACAACAAUGUGCUAAGAGGCUUGAGCUGUACAAAAAAGCAAGGGAUGAGGUUGACUCUGUUUCAUGGGCUCGAUGAAUUUGAUAUAAUACGGUAAUGUUGUUAUAGUGAUCUAUUGUAUGUUUAUAUUGUUCACGGUGGCAUUUAUUAUUUGCCGAAUCUUGAUUCUUAUUCGUAUUGUAGGGAUUUACUUGUGUGCUAUUUAUUGUCAUUACAUUAUUUGGCUU